AUGUAUACCCUAUCCGACUAUAGAAUUCUAUACACAAUUUCGAAGACUCAUGGUGAUGAUCUUGAUUCAUUUAUCAUUUGUUAUUUAUAUUAUAUCGCAAUAAUGUCUACGAAUACUACACCCCCUGACAAGUCAGGGUCGUUAAAGUCAAUGACAGGACUAUGUUCAGUAUUGGAGAAAGAGUCUGCUCAUUCAGGAAAGAUGGAGGUCAUUCAAGCCUUUUGUGAAGAAUUCAAAGGAGACUUAUAUUUAUUGGCAAAGUUAUUCUUGGUAAAGGAAGAUAAACGUGUAUUUAGAAUUAAAGAUAAACAGAUGGUAAAGAUCUUGGCUGAGAUUUGGGAUGCUGAUUUGGAUGAUAUGACUGCUGAUCUUGAUAAAGGUGAUGUUACUGAAACUGCAAAAAAGUUUAUGAUAAAAUCUGGUAAAUUUGCAGAUCAGUCAACCUAUACAUUAAAGCAAGUUGAUGAAUUUUUGGAUAAAUUAACAACCGUCUCUAAAUUUGAUGAUCAAGUAGUGGUCAUUAAAAAGUUUUUAAAACAUUGUACUCCAAAUGAUUGGAGACUUGUAAAUCGUAUGAUUGAUAGUGAUUUAAAAGUAAAUACAGGAGCAAAGUUUUUCUUGGAAGCAUUACAUCCACAAGCAUUUGAAGCCUAUAAAAAAGCCAACAAUUUAAAGGCAGUUAUAGAGACUGUGCAGAAACAUGGGUUCACAGAAGACAAGGACGGCAAAAAGUCGACCAAGUUGAAAUCACUCAAUAUAUCGCUGUCGUUGAUGACACCGAUCAAGCCAAUGCUACCCAAGGCUGUUAAAUCGGUCGAUGAAAUCAUCAAGCAAUGCAGCUCCAUGUUUUAUGCAGAGAUCAAGUACGAUGGAGAGCGUAUCCAAAUUCACAAGGAUGGAAAGAAUUUCAAGUUUUAUUCACGUAACCUCAAACCGAUUAUGCCUUGGAAGGUGGUAGAUGUACAGGAAUUCAUCCCCAAGGCAACCAAAGCCGACAGUAUUAUUUUGGAUGGUGAGAUCCUAUUGAUGGACACGAAGACAUCGAAACCACUGCCAUUUGGUACACUUGGUGUUCACAAGAAACAAGGUUUCUCAGAUGCGACAGUCUGUGUCUUUUUAUUUGAUAUUCUCUAUUUGAAUGGUGAAUCACUCAUCAAUCUUCCAAUGCACAAACGUCGUGAAAUACUCGAAAAGAAUGUCAACGUAGUCAAACAUCGUAUCGAACUGUCCGAGACAACCAUGGUCAAGGGUAAAGAGGACAAGUCGACACUGUCCAAACUGCUUGGCCGUGCCAUCAAAGAAAAGCUCGAGGGUCUCGUCAUCAAAGACUCUACAUCAGUGUAUGAGCCAGGCUGUCGUCACUGGAUCAAGAUUAAAAAGGAUUAUCUCCACGGAAUGGCCGAUUCAGCUGAUUUGCUGGCCAUUGGUGGGUACUAUGGAACAGGUUCAUCGGGUGGCUUGGUCACUGUCUUUUUGAUGUGUGUCUAUGACAAGGACGCCAACAACUACAAGACUGUCUGCAAGGUAUCUGGUGGUCUGGACGACAAGGCUAUCGAAAAGCUACAACCAAAGGUCAAAAAAGAUAUGAUUAAAAUAUCAAAAGACUCAUCUAAAUUGCCAGCAUGGUUGGAUAUUAUCAAAUCAUAUACUCCCGAUUUCAUUGUAUCGGAUCCAAAAAAGGCAAUGGUCUUUGAAUUAGAGGCAGCUGAAAUCACAGGUACCAAGCAUCAUACAUCUGGAUACUCUAUGAGAUUCCCUAGAAUCACAAAGAUUCGUCAUGACAAGGAUCACGAUACAGCUACCACAUUCAAGGAAUUCAAACAUCUUGCUGCCGAUGUUAAAAUGAUGACUUAUGAUUCUGAUGAUGAAAGAGAUUCUGAUAACAAAUUUGUUCCUCAUCAUCAUAAAAAUAAUAACAGUAGUAAUAAUAAUAAUAACAAAUCAAAAUCAACAAAGAAAAAAUUAAAAGAUAGUGAUGAUGAAGAGGAAGAUGAAGAUGAAGAUGAAAUGGAUACAACAACAACAACUUCAACAACUUCAACUUCAACAAAUAAUACUCCACAUUUAUCAAUGUUUACAGUUUUAGGUAGUUUAACUGAACCAAUUGAAACUGAUUCACUUCAUGAUACAAUUUUUAUAUUAAAUUUAACAGAUAAUUCAGGUAAAUGGAGAAAAUCAGGUAUAUCAGGAGUUAUUGGAAAGAAAUGGAAGGUAGUCGAAAGUGAAUUUGAAAAGGAAUCAUUAAAGAUGGGACAAUUUAAUUUGACAAAAGUUGAAAAGAUUGGAGACAAGAAAAUCUUUGUCUGUAACAUUGCAUGUAUCAAAGCACCAAGUAAAAAGGAUGGAUCAUAUGAUUUCAAGAUGGAUUCAUUUACAGAGGGACUUCAACAGGUUGUAGGUGCUGCCAAAUUAAAAAAGGCAUCUAUUCAUACCAUCAAACCAAACCUUUCGUCACUCGACUGGGAUCAAGUUGAACCUGUAUUUGUAAAGAAUGUUUGUGACAAGGGUAUCAAACUUUAUAUUCACUCUAUUUCACAAAAACCAAUCAAACCCUCAAACAAAAAGGAUAAAAAGAAUGGUAAUAGUCAUGAUGAUAAUAAUGAUGAUGGAUCAAUUCAUCCAAGUGAAGCAGAUUUAGUUGCCAAAGUAGGAAAAGCAACACCCAUUCUCUACAAUUGUAAUGCAGUUAUUACUGGAUUUACAGAACAAGAGGAAAAGAAAUUGGCAGACAUGGUAAAGACACUUGGAGGAACAGUGUCAAAAGUUUGGGUUCCGUUUGGAGCAAAGAAAACAACUCAUCUCAUCUGUAACAAACCAAAUGAAGUCUACACACACGUCGAUCGUCUUGGUGGUGUCAUUGUAGAGAGAAAGUGGUUGGACGAAUGUUUUUCAGAUGGUUGUCUCAUCUCUGAAGAGCAUUAUAUCUAUCACGACCAAAAUAACCCCGAUUAUGAUCACGAAGAUACAAAACCCAAAAAGGUUGGUCACUUGUUGGAUAUAUUUGCCAAUCACCAUAUCUGUCUCUUGCGAGAUGUAAAUGACCGCGAAACUUUGGAACGCUAUAUUAUUGCAUUUGGUGGCAGUGUUGCUGAUAUCUGUGGUGACAAGACUACCCAGAUUGUCACUUCGAGCAAAUCUAAAACGCCCACUCUCAAAACCCUUGCCAAAGAAUAUCUCAAUUUACCCAUUCUCAAUUCCUUAUGGAUUUGGGAUUCAAUCAAUCAAAAAGUUUUAUUAUCUUCAAAUGAUUAUUUGGUUAAAUAA